UAUAAACUGGCAUCCUCCCUCAGGGGCCCCACCAAGAUGGGCCCACUGUGGACCCCACUCUCCCUUUUGCUCCUCUUGUUUGGGGAGACUGCCUGUCUGAGAACCCAGGAUGCCCCAGCUGCCCAGGAACCCAGGCAACUGGAAGCCAGCAAAGUUGUCCUCCUGGCCCAUUGUCCUGGAGCCCCAGGAAGUCCUGGGGAGAAGGGAGCGCCAGGCCCUCAAGGUAUCUCUGCCUCUGGGAUUUCACAGCAACCUGGUCCACCAGGCAAGAUGGGCCCCAAGGGUGAACCUGGCCCCAGGAGCUGCCAGGAGCUGCUGAGCUGGGGUGCCACCUUGAGCGGCUGGUACCAUCUGUGCCCACCUGAGGGCCGAGCCCUCCCACUAUUUUGUGACAUGGAGACGCAGAGGGCAGCUGGCUGGUGAGUGUUCCAGGGGUGACAGGAUGGUUCUGUGGAUUUCUUCUGUUCUUGGUCCUCCUACAAAGCAGGUUUGGGGAGCCAGGAGUCUGAAUUCUGGCUGGGAAAUGAGAAUUUGCACCAACCUACUCUCCAGGAUAGUACCUGGGAGCUACGGGUGGAGCUGGAGGAUCUUAAAGGCAACCGCACCUUUGCUCACUAUGGGGCCUUCCACCUCCUUGGGGAGGCAGAUCACUACCAGAUGGCGCUGGGCAAGUUCUCAGAGGGCACUGCAGGGAACUCCCUGAGCUUCCACAGCAGGAAGCCCUUUACCAUCUAUGACACUGACCAUGAUACAAGCAGGAGCAACUGCUCGGUGACUGUCCACGGUGCCUCGUGGUACGGAUCCUGCUAUCAGUCCAGUCCGAAUGGGCGCUACCCAAUGUCUGACGCCACCGCCCGUAACUUUGCCAUCGACUGGACCUCAGGCCACAGCAUGGGCAACCCUUGCCACAGGGUUGACAUGAUGUUUCACUAG